ACGUUUAGAUCGUUUGAUCAACACCAUAACCAUGCAUUAAGUUGAGACUACUUGGAAUUUAAUUACAUUGCAAGGACAUUAAUUACGUGACAUCAAAAUAUAUUGUGUAUCUCACCACCUCUGGAUCGUUUACGUAUGGCCUUACAUAUUUAUAAAUAUAUUCAUGCAAAUUCUCGUUUCAACCAUUGCUAUAUAUUUCUGGAGAAACCAUGUCUUCUGUUGGUAAAUUCUCUCACAAGAAGAUUAAUUAUGGGCUUCUUUGCCGUGCAGCCAAGUCUCCAGUCUUCUCCCACUUCUCCUUCGCUUCAAUACUCUUCUUCAUUUAUGCAGCUAGUCUCAUCUCUAAUUUUUCUAUAUACUCAGCAGAGUUCAGAACUAAUGAAAUUCUUGGAGGAAAGUUAUUUCGCAGAAUAGAUCCACAACAGCAACAAAUUCCAUCAUCUGCUUCAUUGCAGAGAAAUAAUAUUAUUGAAGAAGAGAGUGACCCUCUGAUCCCUCCCCACAAGGCCACAAGUGAAGAAAGACUUAGAUGGUUUAGGAGAAAGUUGCCGGAGCUGGAAAUCCUCAACUCAACCCAUUUGAGCGGGAGAUUCCAUGGCCGAGUCUUGGAGUUGUUCAACAACAAUUGCUCAGCUCAGUUCUUCAUGGUAUGGCUUUCAGCUGCUCAAUCAUUUGGACCCAGAGAGUUCUUGGCUAUUGACAGCUUGUUCAGUGCCAGCCCUAAUGGCUGCUUGCUUCUUUUGUCAACAUCCAUGGACUCUCAUACCGGAUAUAAAAUCCUUAAACCGCUACACGACAGAGGCUUCAAGAUUCUUGCGGUCACACCAGACGUUCCAUUUCUGGUCAAGAACACACCAACUGAACCAUGGCUAAACGAGUUGAAAGCUGGUAACUUAGACCCUGGUUCGGUUCCCCUCUUUAACCAUCUCUCCGAUCUGCUUAGGCUUCUGGUUCUGUACAGAUACGGGGGAGUUUACCUCGACACAGAUUUCAUAUUUAUAAAAGAUCUUUCAGCGCUGAGAAACGCCAUUGGAGCACAAAGCAUGAAACUGUCAACCAAGAUAUGGACAAGACUGAAUGGUGCUGUUAUGAUAUUCGAUAUAUAUCAUCCGCUUCUGUUAGAUUUCUUGCAGGAAUUUGCCAAAACUUUCAACGGAAACAGGUGGGGACACAAUGGACCUUACUUGGUUUCUAGAGUUCUUGAAAGAUUAGGGAAUAAAGCUGAAUACAAUCUCACGAUCUACCCACCAAACACGUUUUAUCCAGUGGAUUGGGUUAAGAUCAUCAAGCUUUACAAGAAGCCUCAAACAGAAGACGAAAUCAAAUCAGCAGAGGACAUAUUAGCUAACAUAUCCAGUGAGAGCUACACCGUACACCUGUGGAAUAAACGGACUAGGGAAUUGAAAAUAAAAGAAGGCAGCGUCAUGGAAAGACUCAUAUCCAGUCACUGUGUUAUUUGCCAACACAUAACCGAUGCUUAAAGAAGAAUAGUUAAUCUGAAGUAGUGGUUUGAAUAUUUUCUUUUUGGUAAAUUCAGGGAUGCAUAAUUCAUGAAUUUUAUCUCAAUUUGUCAAAUAAAAUUUCAUACUGAGUCGUUUAUAUCAAUUGUUUGAUUUUCUAAUUCUUUGUAUGUAUUUCCAACCAUUAUAUAUUUUUUUUGUGUCACUUUUGUGUAACAUAAUCUUCUUAUCAUUAAAUAAGAAAAAACCAAUCAUCAAUUAUAGAAGAAGAUAAAUAAAAGAACAAGAAUCAUUACAUAAUCAAUAUGAUGCAAGUAUGUCAUAGAAUUAACAAGAAACUUAUCACUCUAUGCAAAACAACACGACACAACAUGAUACAAAUAAAAUGAUACAGCACAACAUUCAGUAUAAUAAGACAUAAAAUAUUAUCUUUUACUUGAGAAUAAUUUUUCGCUUAGUAAAUGAAAAUUUUUAGUUACCACUGAUUGGUUAAUGAAUAAGAAUAUCUUUUUUCUUUAAAUUUCAUGAGUUAGCAAAGCUCUAUAGUUUAUGAAUGUUGAGCUAUUUGAUAGUUUCUAAUCUAUAAUCAUAUACACAAGUUGCAUGAUCGACUAACAAAGUAAUGAAGAAAAUAGGUUAUUUUAAACGCACUCGGAGAUUAGAUUAAGUUGCAUGAUCCAAUAAAAAAGUAAUUAAAAAGUGAUAGCUGUUAUUAUCAUAGUAAUAAUACAAUAAUAAUAGUGAUAAUAUUCUUGUUAAGAGAUUGAGGUAGAAAAGAAUUAAAAAGACAUAUUAAACUUUUUGAACAUUAUCUAGAAGGGAAGUAUUGUUUACCUCUUAUCUGAACAAUGAAGGGGCUCUCCAACGAGUGAACCAAGGGUAAGUAUCCAUUAAAAAUUUAUCUACCAAAUAUUUGGGCACAGGAAAAUGAAAGACCCAAUCCAAGUCUUAAAGUACUUUACCAUCACACCAUUUUUAUCCUAAAUAGACGCAGAAAGGUAACUCUACUUAGAAUGUAUUGAAGGCAUAAUGGAAAAGACGAGGUUAUCUCACUUAUGACAUCGAAAUGUCCCUGUUAAUUCAUCAUUAUCUGAUUAAAAAUCCAAUUAAUGCUGGCAUAGUCAUGCAAUAAUGUCACUUGUGGACAUCGAAGAGGCCAUAAAACCUAGCAGCAUUCCGAAAUCAAAAGAACAAUUCAGUAUAAUGCGUUCUUAUUGAUGCACAAACACCAUAAAGCACCUAUGCAAAAUCUCAUGCCAAUUGCCCAUGAGGAUAACUAGAGCAAUAAAAAUAUAUAUAUCAUUGAGGGGUUUCUUUUACCAAAGCCAGCAAUCAACCGACCAAAGUGUGAGAAGGCCAAUACCAGGUUUAUCUUUAAGCAUUAUCAGUUCAUUGCUAGGGACCUAAGCACUCAGAUAGUUAUUCAAUAUCCAAAAGGUCCUUCACAUACUUAUAAAUGGGCAUCUGUCACCUUUCAGGUCUGAGUUCAAUCAAAAUCCUUACGUAACAUGCAUCAUCUAAAAAGAUCUUCUCUCUGUCUAACUCCAGUGAUAAGAAAUAUUUCAGAGGACCAGUAGCAACAUCAUACAGACAAAAUUAAAUCUUCUCCAUACCUUUAAUUAAAUCAAGAUAUAGGUUUUAUCAGCAGUCCUUCGGGCCAAGAAGAUAAUCAGUCAUGGCAACUCCAUCUAAUGCUCGAUUCCUUUAUCAAUAAUAGUAGAGAUCUAAGAAAGGGAAUAAAAUCCCAAAAUAGCUAUUUGGCUCUGAGUAAUGUUUCUAUAGUUACACCUGAGUUCCUGACAUGCCAUGUAAUUACAAUUCUCAAGUAUUUCACAGUGUUUAAGUAAUGCAAUCCAAGUGCAAAGUGGGAAUGAAGUAAUUAAAUAGAAGAGACUAAAAACUAUAUAUAUGAUAUUUCAUGUCUACCAUUUACAAAGAUCUACAGACUCUAGAUAGGGGAAAAAAUCCUAAAGUUACCACUCCAUUGAGAUGUAAGUUGCUACAGUUGCACCAGAUGCCCAGAAUCCCUGACUGGCCACGGAAUUCAAAGUUCUUAAGGAUUUCACAUGGUUAAGUAAUACCAUUAUCAAUAUAAUAAUUAGAUAAAUAGCCAAGAAGCCAAAGAGAUUAAUAAGGCCCAGAUAUUUGAAUGAAGAAUCAUAGGAACAAAACGGACCUGAAUCUCAUGUGAUCGGUAGAGUCGGAACUAGUCCUUGAUAUCAGAUAUAGGGAACUUACUCAAAAUCAUUAACACACACAUAGACAUUACUAUAAAAGUGUGCGAGAUCAAAAACAAAAAGAACUUUAAAUGGCUAAGAAAUGUGCCCAUGUCCAUAGAGUCACCGUGAGAAGGACUUGGAGAUGUAAAAUUUUGCUUUAGUAGAGGAAGGAGAAACCUAAAAUUACAAAAAUUCUCCCCUCCCCCACCUCCCAAAUCCCAAACAAUGAGAAACACCCUACGCAAGUACAAUUUUACCAGAACAAGAAACACACUUCAGUCCUUCACCCACCCCACCCAAAACGCCAGAAAUGAGCAGCAAACUAAGCACCAGGAUCACAUAUUAGGACAAUCUUAAAUCUUCCCAGCAAAAGCCUAAAAGCCAGGAAAUAUGGGAAAGGUAAUUUGGCAUUUUAAGAAAAUCCAAACAGACACUGAAAAAAAACACCCCCGCUGAUUGAGAAACACACUGACUACGCAAAGCAAUAGAAGUUUGAACAUACAUCUAAUUUAUUGAAAACGUGUACUACAAAACUAGCAAUUAAAGAGGGAACUGGAAAGCAUCAAACUAGACGAAUGUCAUAUCACUCUUCAUCUGCCAACAGAUAUUAUUACCAUUUUCGAAGAAAAAGCCUCUCUGAAUAGAAGCUUCACAAAUUCAAAGUUUUUGCCUGCCUCCUCCAGUUAAGGAAACAAUGUUUUAUAUAUAUUUUGAUCCUUUCUUUGAGUUCAAAUUGGAAAAGAUGAUCAACUUUAACAGUCUUAGCGGCUAAGAAAAUGCAUGAUUAAGAGUUAAAACUGCAAAAAGAUUAUUAAAUUUAAUACUUUAUUCUCAAAUAUCCUCCUAAAAUAGAUGCACAAAAAAAUCUCUCCCAGGGAAAAUUCCAAACCAAUUAUUCAAAAACAGAAAAUGUGCAGUCUCCUGAUUCGAUAAAACUUACAUUUGAAACACCGGACUUUAAAAAGGAUAAUCCACAAAACAGGCGCAAUAACA